AUGGCGUCAUAUCUAGAUCUCCUUCUGGGCAACCCCCAGUAUGCCGUCUUUUGCGGCGUCACUCUAUUCACUCUCUUUGUCGUACGAUACUCUUUAUUCGGCCAUCUUACAAAGUUUCCGGUCUUGAAUCCGAAAAAAUCACUAGAGCUUACCAGCAACCGUGUAAUUCAGGACUUCAUUAUCGACAGCAAGAAUAUUCUCACAAAUGGCAGAGCUUUGUAUAAGGACCAGCCGUACAGGGCUUACACAGACUGGGGAAAAGUAGUGGUGAUUCCACCCCAGUUUCUCGAUGCGCUGAAGAGCCAUAAGCAACUGGACUUUACGAUCCCUGCUGAAGAUGACUCUCACGCAUAUGUUCCUGGAUUUGAGCCUUUUGUUUCUGACCCAAACAUUUCAAAAGUUGUUACCAAGUAUUUGACCAAAUCUUUAAUCCGUAUCGUAUCGCGUAUGUCAUCACGAGUAUUCAUGGGUGAAUCCCUCUGCCGCGACGACGAAUGGGUCAGAGCCAGCGGUGACUAUACCGUUCAGUCCUUCAAGACGGGUGACAUUCUGCGGACGUAUCCUCGAUGGUCACGACCCUUUGUGCAUUGGUUCCUUCCAUCAUGCUGGACGCUGCGUAAGAAAUUGGAUGAAGCAAUCCGAUGUCUAAAGCCCCAUCUUGAGCGUCGCAGUGUUAUCUCAGCAGAGGCCGAAGCACAGGGAAAGCCCUCGCCCUUUGACGAUUCGAUUGAGUGGUACAAGAAAGAAGGUUCUACACGUAACCCAGCACUCCUACAAAUCUCAUUGUCACUCGUGGCUAUCCACACAACGUCCGAUUUGCUUAUGGAAACUCUUUUCAACAUUGCCCAGCACCCAGAGUUAUUCCAGCCUCUCCGCGAAGAGAUCACGAAUGUGCUGUCUGCAGAGGGCCUCAAGAAGACAGCCCUGUAUAAUCUGAAGCUCAUGGAUAGCGUCAUCAAAGAGUCUCAGAGAUUGCGACCAGUUUUACUCGGCUCCUUCCGAAGGCAGGCUAUGGCAGACAUUACUCUGCCAAAUGGCGACCUGAUCAAGAAAGGAGAAAAGAUUGUUUGUGAUACAACUCACAUGUGGAACGGCGAUUACUAUGAAGAAGCUGCAAAAUUCGACGGCUAUCGUUUCUUGCGAAUGAGGGAGGCAUCUGAGCAGGACAAGCACCCUCAUCUUGUCAGCACCAGCUUUGACCAUCUGGGCUUUGGCCAUGGCAAUCAUGCGUGCCCUGGGCGAUUCUUUGCGGCUAAUGAGAUCAAGAUCGCAUUGUGUCAUAUACUCUUGAAGUAUGAUUGGAAGCUGGCGGAUGGUGUGGUUCCUAAGCCGUCUGGAUUUGGAAUGAUGUAUUUACCUGAUCUCCAGGCUAAGCUGCUUAUCAGACGAAGAAAUGAGGAGUUGGAUAUUGACUCUAUCGAGACUCAGUAG